AUCUCACAUCUCUAUUUCGCUGGCAACAAUGCAAGUUUUUCAUUAAUUCUUUCUUAAUACACGAUAAAUUAAUUGUAGCGUUAUCAAUUAAAUAAAAAUAGAAUACCCUAACUAAAUAUGGGAAGAAGAAAAUCUAAGAGAAAACCACCGCCUAAACGCAAGAACAUCGAACCACUGGAUCAACAGUUUAAUUGUCCAUUUUGUAAUCACGAAAAGUCAUGCGAAGUAAAAAUGGACAAGGGCCGGAAUACCGCUAAAAUAACAUGUCGUGUUUGUCUAGAGGACUUUCAAACUGGAAUUAACUUUUUGUCAGAACCUAUCGACGUAUAUAAUGAUUGGGUUGAUGCAUGUGAAACUGCGAAUUGAACCUAGUAUAUAUUUUAUAAAUAUGGUUUUUACUUUUACAAAUUCAUUUUGAUACUUAAAUUUACUAUGUUCUUUCAUUGUAUUCCUCUUGUUUUAGUUCUGUGUAAGACAUAUAUUUGAUGUCAUGUACAGUAAAGAUUCGAUACAGUAUAACUUUAAUUAAUUAAACUUGUAAGCUCAAAAUUGAAUAAAAGUGUAAUAAAUCUCUAUACCCUA